AUGUUUAAAACCUUUCGAGAACAAACAGAUUUACCAUUAAAACCAUUCAAUACCCCAACAGUAUCUGCUGUCGUCGAUAUUAUGAAUGAAAGGAUUAAAAUCAAUUAUAUAAAGAUUUGGCCUAAUAAAUCCAACCACGAAAUAUUACUUCUAUAUUAUAAUAAUCCCAAAACUAAUAUCAAUACCUAUCGUAAAAAGUCCAAAGUCUUUGCAGAAACUCAAAUUCUUUCAAAGUCUUUCAAUCUCCUUCUACUCUUUAUCGAAAAUCAGAUAAAGCAAAAUUCAAAUCGGAUAAAGCAAAGUUCAAAUCAAUUACAAGUUCAUGUACAAAUUCAAAAAGUGUUAAUGGAUGAACGUAUAAUAGCAAGUAACUCUUCAGACUGGAAAGACUCUUCAGACGCAUCAGAGGACUCUUCAAGAGGCACAUCAGAUAGCAGUUCAUCAUCAACUAUCAGUUCAUCAGAUAGCAAAUCAUCAUCAGCUAGUGAUUCAUCAGAUAGUAGCUCUUCAUCAAUUAGCAGUUCAUCAUCAGAUGGUAGUUCAUCAGAUAGUAGUUCUUCAUCAGAUAGUAGUUUUUCAUCAAAUGGUAGUUCAUCAGAUAGCAGCUCUUCAUCAACUAGCAGUUCAUCAUCAGAUAGUAGUUCAUCAGAUUGCGAUUCAACAAGCAGUUCAUCAGAUAGCAGUUCAUCAACAAGCAGUUCAUUAGAUAGUGGCUCAUCAGCCAGCAGUUUAUCAGAUAGCAGCUCUUCAUCAACAAGCAGUUCUUCAUCAGCUAGUUCAUCAGAUAGAAGUUGUGCUGCUGCAGGUUGUGCUACUGCAGGUGGUGAAGGUGGCACAGGUGGUGCUACUGCGGGUGGCACAGGUGACACAUCAACAAGUGGAUCAACCAGCAUAUCAACAGGUAUAAUAGCAGGUAACUCUUCAGACUGGAAAUACUCUUCAGAUGCAUUAGAGGACUCUUCAAGAGGUUCAUCAGAUAGCAGUUCAUCAUCAACUAUCGAAGAGGAGAUAAGACAAAGAAUGGAAGAAAAGUUUAAUCUUUUAAAAGAACAAACAAAUCUUCAACUUUUAAAAUUUAGUACCCUCAAAGAAUCACUCUUAAGAGAUCUCAAAAAUAGAUGUAAAUAG